CAUUAGCAGAAGCAACAAACGUGGCAUGUGCUUCUGCGUAAUAUACUGCACACUGUGUAUAGCCGGCUUCUUAAAUAUUACACGCGUUGUUUGAAGAAAAAGGAAAUUUAACCUUAAAAAUGAGUGCACCAAUAAGUACUGCAAUGGAUAGUUUGUCAGCUGCAAUUAGAUCUAAUAUAAUUCCAAAUCAAGAAUAUUUAUUACAAGGAUCAGUAUUAGAUAGUGCAGUAGAAGUAUUGCUUCAUAGAUUACGUGGUUUAUGUGACAAUGUGGAUACUGGGCCAGAAACUUUUAACGAUCAUGAAAUGUGUUUUAGUAUCAGAGGAUCUGAACAGCCAUUGCUUUUGCGUGUAAGAAGGGCUUUAGAUUAUCAAGAUAUGCCCUGGCAAUUGCGCUAUAUCGGUCAACCCGAAUUGGGUGAUAAAUCAAGACCCACAAUUGUCAGAAGCAGUUUAGAUAUAGCAACUAGUAAUACAGUUGUUGACUUUUUAACAGAACUUGGAUGUAGAUUAGAUUUUGAGUAUAUUGCACGUGGUUAUAUGUUUCGUAAAGGUAGAAUGAAAGUAACAGUUUCCAAAAUAUUUAAAAUGGGUCAACAAGGAAAAAUACCUGAAAGUAUGGAAGCAAUAUCUCAAAGUUAUUUAGUAGAAUUAAGUGUAUUAGCACCUAGUGGUCAAGAUGCAAUAGCAGAAGAUAUGAGAAUUUUUGCAGAACAAUUAAAACCUUUAGUUCAACUUGAAAAAAUUGAUUAUAAAAGACUUGUACAUUAAUAUAAUAAUCAAUAUUGUAUCUUAAACCAUAUUAAUUAUAUUUAUUUCGUUUGUAUAAAUUUUACCGAUAUCGUCAAAUAAUGUUAAAAUAUUCCUCUCAUAUAUUUAAUUAUACUAUGUUUUGCGAAAUCAUCGUUUUAGGUGUAUAUUGUAAAACUGAGAAUGUGAUAUAUAUUUUUUACGUUAAAAAUUAAAAUAUAUUGUAGUUUUAAAAAAAAAA